CGCCCAGCCUGUGGGUCACGUGACAGCGCCACUCCACGUGACAGCAGCGCGCUGGUCCUGCGUGACCGCAGCGCCGCUCACGUGACGGCGGGGCCGCGAUGGGCACCGCGCUGGACAUCAAGAUCAAGCGGGCUAACAAGGUGUAUCGCUGCGGGGAAGUUCUUUCUGGAGUUGUGGUCAUAACAAGUAAGGAUACAGUCCAGCAUCAAGGUAUCUCGUUAACAAUGGAAGGAUCAGUCAAUCUACAGCUUAGUGCCAAAAGUGUGGGUGUGUUUGAAGCUUUCUAUAACUCUGUCAAGCCUAUCCAAAUUAUUAACAGCACUAUUGAAAUGGUAAAACCAGGGAAACUUCCCAGUGGCAAGACAGAAAUUCCAUUUGAAUUUCCAUUGCAUACGAAGGGGAACAAAGUUCUAUAUGAGACCUAUCACGGUGUGUUCGUUAAUAUUCAGUAUACCCUGCGGUGUGAUAUGCGACGUUCUCUGCUGGCAAAAGACCUAACUAAGACUUGUGAAUUCAUUGUCCACUCACCAUCGCAGAAAGGGAAAGUGAUGCCAAGCCCAGUAGACUUCACAAUUACUCCUGAAACUUUGCAAAAUGUUAAAGAGAGAGCUUCACUUCCAAAAUUUCUUAUCAGAGGGCACCUCAGUUCUACAAACUGUAUCAUUACACAGCCACUCACAGGGGAGCUGGUAGUGGAGAACGCAGAGGCUGCAGUCAAAAGUAUCGAGCUGCAGUUAGUACGUGUGGAAACCUGUGGAUGCGCAGAAGGUUACGCUAGAGAUGCCACAGAGAUACAGAAUAUUCAGAUUGCUGAUGGGGAUGUCUGCAGGGGCCUGCCGAUUCCUAUAUACAUGGUGUUUCCCAGGCUGUUCACCUGCCCUACCCUGGAAACAACAAACUUCAAAGUUGAAUUUGAAGUUAACAUUGUUGUCCUUCUGCAUGAUGAUCAUCUCAUCACAGAGAACUUCUCGCUGAAGCUCUGCAGGAUGUAAUGAGCCAGAGGAGAGUCACUAAAGAAUUUACUGGAAAAGGACAGAAUUCCUCAGAGGCAAAGUGAAAUCUUAUCCGUGUCUUAUUUUAACUGAAAACACAUCGCUUCCUCCUUCUUCUGGUGGUUCUUGUGCUUUCAGUUCUUGCUAAGACUUUGCCCGCCUUCUGAUAGCCGACGUGGAUGUAGCUCUCAAGACAGCCUUGUCAGGUACCUUUCUCACUGCACCAGCCCUUGUUUUCCUCAGGUUUUCUCAGACAAAUCCUGAAGGAAUUAUUCCAUAUAUUUCUACGAGUGGUAAAAACAUGUACUGAGUUUCCUUCCUUAUUUCAUUUUGGAAUAACUUGUUCCAAAGUCCUUUAAAGACCUCUUAAACCUAGGAAGUCCUUUUAUAGGUGGCGUGUAUAUAUCUAUAUACGGGGGGAGGGUAUGGGACUUGUAAUAUAAUAUUGAACAGUGUCUUUAAAGGUGUAAUAAAUGGUGCUACAACAACACAAAGUGGUGGCG